AUGCCUCCCCCUCCUGCGUCCUUAAUCACCAAACUCAAGGUCCAGCUCAAGCUGGCUAUCGCCCGCCUGCGCAUGGUCCAGCAGCGCGAUGAGGCCUUGGGCAAGACACAGCGCCGCGCCAUGGCCCAGCUCCUCGAGGUCGGCAAGGUCGAGAGCGCCCGCAUCCGCGUCGAGAAUAUCAUCCGGUCCGACAUCACCAACGAGCUGCACGAGCUCCUCGAGUUGUACUGCGAGCUGCUCAUCGCCCGCGCCGGCCUGCUCGAGGGCUCGACGUGCGACCCCGGUCUCGAGGAGGCCAUCAAGAGCAUCAUGUACGCCGCGCCCAAGACGGAGAUCAAGGAGCUGCAGGUCGUGCGGACGUUGCUCGCCGAAAAGUACGGCAAGGAGUUUGUCAUGUCGGCCAUGGAGAACUCGGACGGAAAGGUGGCGCCAAACAUUGUGAAGAAGCUGAGCGUGACGCCGCCGCGGGAGGAGCUCGUCGUGGGAUACCUCGAGGAGAUUGCGCGAGCAUACAACGUCGACUGGCCCAAGCGCCAACAGCUCGGCGAGGCGCCAGACCUGCUCGACGACGACGACACUGACGGCCCCGGGGAGGAUGGCGAAGGCGGUGGAGGCGGCGGUCAGAAGGUUCUUGCGGAGCCGGAUCUCAAGGCCGAGAAGGAGCAGGAGAUGCUGAGCAAGGCCACUCCGCCAAGGACGAUCGGGGGCCCGAGCAGCCCUUUAACGGUCAAUCCGCCCAAAAUGACAACUGACAAUGUCCAUCCGCAGGUCAAGGUCAGCUCGCUGAACCUGAAACCGAACCAAAAGAUGGCCAACGCACAGAAGAAGACGGACUCCAAUGGACCUGGUGGCGCGGUACCCGACAUUGCUGAGCUCGAAAGGAGGUUCGCCGCCUUGAAAAAGCUGUAG